AUGAAGUUCCUCCUCCCCGUCGUCCUCGCGGGCGGCGCCAUCGCCCAGUCCGGCCCCUGGGGCCAGUGUGGUGGCUCGGGCUACAGCGGUCCGACCACCUGCGUCGCCGGCUACACGUGCACCUUCUCCAACCAGUGGUACAGCCAGUGCCUGCCCGGCGCCGCUCCUCCCCCGGCCGCUACCACGACCCGGGCCGCCACCACGACCCGGGCCGCCACGACCACCGUCGCUCCCCCUCCGGCCAACGGCAAGGUCGGCAUCAUUGGCGAGUUUGCCCGCGGUGCCAACACGCAGUGCCGCGAUUCCGUCCGCGGCCUGCUCACCUUCCUCGAGGCCAACGCCGACGUCUGGCAGGGCUAUCUCUGGUGGGCCGCCGGCCCCUGGUGGGACACCUACAUGUACAGCUUCGAGCCCCCCAGUGGCACUGGCUACCAGUACUACAACGCUCUGCUCAAGGAGUUCAUCCCUUAG